GAAUGUGCCAUAUUGACGACAACCUCGACCUCGAACUCUGUUCCUCCUCCUCCUCCUCCUCCUCCUCCUCUUUCUCCUCCUCCGCCACUACCACCACCUUGCUCCACCUCUUCCUCCGCUUGGCCAGUUCCAUCCACACUGCAACCGUUUUUUUCUCCUAGCAUUUGGUUUUCUCGCCUUUGGCUUUUCGCCCACUCGGUCAACUUACACGGGGUUAACCUUGCUCUCUCACUUGUAGAUCCAGGCCUCGACUUUAAUCCAAAUACACUUUGCCGUCUCUAUGCUUCUCAUGUUUUCCAGGUAAAAUUUACAACAACCAGCCGCACCACUGGCUCAGCCACCCGACAAUUGGCAGUUCUAAAAGGUGCGACCUUAAACCGAGGUAUCUACUUGCCGCUGCCAGCCGACAUAACCGUCGGCUAGCAAUGUCAUCCCCAAACUUUGGCUUUUCUCCAUGGCGGAGAAGAGCCGCAUCGCUGAGCUCCCAAAGGACCGGUGAUACCAGCAACCCCGAGAACCCGUUGCUCAGUCCAGGUAGAACCUCCCAAAUGGCCGAUUCACGGAUACUGUCGUCAUCAGUGAGCUCCAGUCAUCGGGAGCCGAUCCGUUCCUUCAUCCACGGCAACGUGAGGGGCCAUUUAGCUCCCGUCGACAGUGCCCAGUACGCCCGCAGUGUGCGCGAAGACACAGCAGAGCUCGCCUCGUACCUCUUGUCCGACAAGAAAACGGGCCAGAGCCCGGGGUUUCUCUCCCGUCAACGAUCGCAGUCCUCAACUCUCGCUCGCGAACCAGCAACUUCGGACAACGAGGAGGAAGGUGAGGAGAUUACACAUGUUACGAGCUCCAAGACCAUUCCGGAGGCCUCCGAGCCAUCCUCGCCGGAUGAGGAUGUUGAAGGGAUUCCCGAGGACGGCCCAUCCAUCCUGACAACCCUACUCAAGAAGUCACCCCCUCAAUCGCACCGCGACCCGUCAUUUGAGCCCCAACUCGAAGCGUUGGAGCCAUUGGAGCCAUUGGAAUCAUCCGCCCCUGAACCGAAGCGAACGCCAUCCACGGAAAGACCGCUACGAGAGGCACGGCGGUCGGCGACAAGAGUUGCCAAUGGGUCCACUGAGCGCACACCGCUGAUUUCCAGAUUGUCAUCUGACAGUUUUGAGAGCUACAAUACGAACGGGACCACCGACGGAAUUGACAUGGAGGGACAGAAGCAGAGACCUAGGAAGAAGUGGCUACGAGGUUUGAAGGACCUGACUGUGAACGUGGAGGAGCACAUGGCUCAUGGCAUUCAAGUCAUGACGAGUCCCAAAUUUUGGGACCAUAGGGCGCUUUGGCACAAUGCCGUGGUGGCCCCCGCAUCUUGCUUGCCGGCUGUCAUUGUUGGCUUGCUACUCAAUGUUCUCGAUGCCCUGUCUUACGGCAUGAUUCUAUUCCCCCUGGGCAAGCCCAUCUUUGCCAAUCUGGGCUCAGCGGGCAUAUCCAUUUUCUACGUUAGCACCAUUGUUUCCCAGUUGACUUUCUCGACUGGCAGUAUUUUUAAAGGGGGUGUUGGCUCUGAACUGAUCGAGGUCGUGCCGUUCUUCCAUAAUAUGGCACAAACGAUCACGGACCAUAUCGGUGAAGACCAGCCUGAUGCUGUGAUUGCAACAACGAUUGUAUCGUACGCGAUUAGUUCCAUGAUGACCGGCACAGUCUUUUAUCUCAUGGGCAAGUUCAACUUUGGUUACAUGGUUGGCUUCAUCCCGAGGCACAUAUUGAUUGGGUGCAUCGGAGGUGUCGGCUGGUUCUUGGUUGCCACAGGAUUUGAAGUAUCCGCCAGGAUGGACGGCAGCCUCGAAUAUGACAUGGAUACUCUCCAUAAGCUGUUCCGAAGCGACACGGUACCCCUCUGGGUGACACCCCUUCUGCUCGCCAUUGUGCUUUUCUACAGCCAGGCUCGAGGUGCAUCCAAGUACUUCCUGCCACUGUACAUCAUCUCGAUCCCAGUUGUCUUCUACUUUUUUGUAUUCUCUUUGGAUGCGCUCGAUCCCGAUUCUCUCCGAGAUCAUGGAUGGAUUUUUGAAGGACCACCGGCGGACGAACCGUGGUGGUACUUCUAUACGUUGUACAAAUUUUACCUGGUCGAGUGGGACGCCGUACUGGAGUGCAUUCCUGCAAUGCUUGCCCUCACCUUCUUCGGUAUUCUCCACGUCCCUAUCAAUGUUCCCGCCUUGGCUCUGCAGAGUGGCGAAGAUAAUGCCGACCUUGACCGUGAGCUCAAACUUCACGGCUACUCAAACUUUAUCUCUGGCAUGGCUGGCAGCAUCCAGAACUACCUCGUGUAUGCCAACACUGUGUUCUUCAUGCGAUCCGGAGGAGACAGCAGGCUCGCCGGAUAUAUGCUAGCAGCUCUGACCUUUGGCGUUAUGAUCAUCGGUCCAAAGAUCAUUGGCUUCAUUCCCAUUAUGAUGGUUGGCACCCUCAUCUUCGAUCUAGGCUUUGAGCUUCUUCUCGAAGCCGUAUGGUUACCAAGGAAGAAGCUAAAAGUGGCCGAAUAUCUAACGGUAAUUGUAAUCGUUCUGGUAAUGGGUAUCUACGACUUUGUUAUCGGCAUUGGCGUAGGCAUCAUUCUCGCGUUCGUAUCGUUGAUCAUCCAGACAUCGAGAGUGUCUGCUGUUCGAGCCAGCUACACAGGCGAAAUUGUUGGCUCGACCGUACGCAGGAAUCCUUCGCAACACCACUACCUACAGGAAGUUCGUCGCCAGAUCCAUAUUGUGAAGCUGACUGGUUUUCUGUUUUUCGGCACAGUCGUGAGUGUCGAGGAGAAGAUUCGUGCUCUGAUCGACGACAGUGCCUUUACGGAGAGGCCCAUCAAAUACCUUAUCCUCGAUCUGUAUCAUGUCACGGGCCUCGACUACUCCGCUGGCGAAGCAUUCAACACUAUCAGCAGAUUGCUGGACAGCAAGGGAGUUGUCCUCGUGUUGAGUGGGAAAGACGCAGAGAGCGAAGUUGGCCGUAAUUUGCGGGCCAUGGGGCUUGGUAACGACAACAUUGAAGUUACCUUGCUUCCGGAUCUCAACUCGGCUUUGGAGAGCUGUGAAAAUGAACUGCUCAAGACGUUGUACGCUAGUCAGGAGGACCUUCGGAAGAGCUCUCGUCACGCACCGACAGCCAACCUCGACGUGCCCGCGAAGCCGGAUCGGGCAUCCUUCGACAUGGUCAUCAAUUCACCAAGACGCAACCAUCUUUAUGAAGCCGCUAGAAACGCGCUGGCGAACACGGAGUCGUCAGGCGCAAAAAAAUGGCAAAGCUUCAAAGAGCCGUUACGACUGAUGCUCCAGAUUUUCCAGGGCCUCAGCGACAAAAACGAGGACUUUUGGUUUAGAGCGGUUGGCUACUUUGUCCGGAAGGAAUACACAGCCGGCACGGUGCUCUUCACAAGAGGCGAGCCUGCGAAGGGGUUCUACCUGGUCGAGAAGGGCAUCCUCCGUGCCGACUACGACUUACCCCAAGGCUCGCUUACGGAAAGCAUCGUAGCGGGCACCACCUGCGGCGAAUUGCCCUUCUUCUCCGAGACAGACCGAACGGCGACGGUGACGGUUGACAGAGACUGCGUCGCGUGGCGUAUGGACAAGGAGGGGUGGCAGAAGCUUCAGAAAGACCAGCCGGACGUCGCCCAGGAGCUUUUGAGGGUAUCGCUGAAGCUCACUAGCGAGCGGAUGACCUCCAUCACUUCAUAUAUCUUGACCAUGGCUGGAUAGCGCGUCUGAUGGAGAUUUACUAACCAAACGUUUUAUCUAUUUCUUAGUUACUGGAGUUGAUAAGGAUGCUGGGGGAAAAAAAGGAGGGGGGAGAGGGUUUAUUUUAUCAUGUUGGCUGCUAGCCAUUAGCGAAGUUUGCUCACAUACAUCCGUUGCUGGUAGCCUUCUUCUGGUACCUAAGCGCUAAGACGCCGCCUGUAGGUCUCUCUGCGUGAGCAAAUAGACUUGUAUCAAUAACAGAUACCGUUGG